UGGCAGUGUCGCAGAUGUGGAAAAAAAUGCCGGCUGAUGCAGAAAAGUGUCCAGACUUCAUGCAUCGUUGUACUCCAUGUAAACAAGCAGCUUUGAAAGCUUGAGGUCUGAAAACAGCUUGUCGAUCAAUAGAUUUGGAUGAUCCACAAAUGAACCUCUAAAGAAGAAGAAGGAUACUACAUCCGUGGAGAAGAGGUGCCUGAUUGUCACUAGUUUGAUACCACUUGCAUGGAUGCUGUGAACAACAUUACUGCUUUCUGUCAUAAAUCUAAGGUUGCACAAGAAUUAUUUUCUUGAGGACUGUACUGUAAAGAAACAAUAACAAAGAUUCUUCACGGAGAUCUCUCUACAGAAGGGCUAUGAAUUUUGGAAGCUGGAAAAUCCCGAAAACAAUGUUGUCCUUUUGUGUUUUCUUACAGCUUUGACCUUCACAUGUUCUUCUUCAGUGUCAGAGUUUUACUGAAUCUUCAGAACCUGAACAGAAAGUUCUCCAUUCUGUACGGUGUGUUUCUCGUGGGGUCCUGGGUACUCGCUUGUAUUCAUGCUUCUGUGAUGACUGUAUGAAUGUUGAUGAUGGAAGCCAGUGUUCCAACUCCAAUUAUGUCUUUCCCUGACAACGACGUACCUUGAACAUAGAUGCUAAAAUAAUUGAUUUAUACCUGUGACUGAAGAAAAGAACGCCUUUCCUGAUAAUUUUGCUAUAAGUACAAGUAAAGAUGACCAAAUUCCAAGUGAACAAAUAGAUCUCUAGAUAAAACCUACUAACCCAGGUAAGGGCUCCAUUUCAUAAUGGUUCCAACUUGAACAUACUAUGUAUUCUUGACAGUUGCCUUACUGUUGUAGCUAUAUCUAAGUCCUAAAAUGCUAAAACUUCAGAUUUAAGGCUUAGGGGCCGUUCACAUAGAAUGUGUUUUUCCAUUCCAGUCUGCUUCUUUUCCAUUGUUAUUCUAUGCAGACUCGCUAGACUUGUAUGGUGCGUUGUGCAUUUAAGACGCCAUUUCAUGUUAUGAAUUUCAGUGUUUAAAAUCAGCACCGCCCAUCAGUGUCAGUUCCAAAACAGUGGACCAAUCAGAAGACCCUAGAGGCGGGGCAAGUGUUGACAGCUUUUGUUUACAGUAAGCAAGUUGGCAUGAGAGCUGUUUUAUUUGACAAUAAAAUGAUGGAGGAGGCAUUCUGUGCUGCUCUGUGUGAAUGGCCCUAUAGAUAAAGCUGCAGUAGCAAAUUAACUUAAAGCUGGAUCACUUUUAAUUGUUAUGUUCUGUGGAAGAAAAUGGGCUGGGCCCUUGUGAAUUUUAUUGGAACAGUGCACAGCUUUAAAAAAAAUGAUGGCACUUGCUAAAGCAGUAUUUAUUAAUGUGUAAUUUCAGGAUUUGCAGAUAGAAGUUCUCAGAGAUUACGUCAUUCUGUACACCCAUCCACCCAAGUGAUGCUUGAAACCAAGUGAUAAGAGCUCUUGAACCAACAGCUGAUAGAGGAGUCCAGAUGAAGUUUUUGGAGCAGCGUGGAUUAUGCAAACAUUUUUUUACCUGACCAAUGACAAACGAAGCCUCACUUUCUGUCUGGUCAUGUGCUUAAUUCACUUUGUGUGUCGGAAUGUUUGAACCCCCAGAUCUUACUUUACUUCACAUUUUCAUUCUGACUUAUUCUCAUUCUGACAUUUUUAAAUCCAGCGGGGUUCAAGCGCUUAAGGCAUUUUAGCAUAUAAGGAAAAAGACAUUACAUACAGUUAGCAAGGCUGUACCCACCUAAAUCAAUGAUUUAAAAAGGAUUUUUGGCAAAUACAGAUAAUUUACCACAGAAAUAUAAUGUUUUUUUAUGUUUAUAAACUGUGAUUUUAGGUAAAUUUGUGCAGGCCCCUUUUCUAAAUUACCCCGUUAUAGCUUCCCAAAGGGUAAAUUUCAACAUUUUUUUUAUUAAAAAAAACAAACAAAAAUUAUACAAAAAAAAACAUAUGUGUGGUUUUUUCCAGACUGGGGGAAAACCUAGGACUAGUUCGGAAAAGUAGGUCUUUUACAUCUUCUCAGUCAUUUAACCAACGAUUUGAUUGACAGCAGUGGUUCUAGAGGCAAAGUUGUCCGGAAUGAGAAGUUAUAACGUAUGAUAGGAAUAUUGUGCGUAUGUGCGGAAAAACUGCUCGAUGUGCAGUGGUUUACACCCUCGAAAAAUGCGAUAUCACCCUUCAGUGCCUAAUUUAUUUCAAAUUUCUCUCAGGACUUUGGGGCCAUGAGUUGAACAGGCCCAUUGAGUUUCAUUCCGAUUGCCCUCCAUUAACCUUGUCUUAACAGGUGCUCAGAUUUCAUCUGCCAAUGGCGGCCAUAUUUUUUUUUGAGCUCUUACACCAGUUUGGCGGAGAUAUUUCAUUUUGUUCCAGAGUUAUAGGCAUAUUACUAAAAGUGUCCCUGCCCCUUUCAAAAGUUUUUGGCACCCCUUUGAGACAGUUCAGUCGAAAGUUCAACUUUUUCUGUGAAAGAGAAGAGAAUCUUUUUGCACUGGUUUGGUUCCGAUCAGGUGAAAAAUCUAGGACUAGUUUGCAAAAGUAGAUUUUUCAAAAAAUCCAAAAUACCCGAAAAUUGCGUGAGGCUCACAAUCAAAUCUGAUGGCAUGCGUUUUGUCCGGCAUGAGCCAAGAAUUCUACUGUACAUAAGACACUUAAGCCUGCGACUGAAGGUUUAGGAGUUAUGAAAGAUUUCGUACUUUUGUUCGCUGUAGGGUUCCCGUCAGGCCAAAUGGGGCGAGCCUUGGUCACGUUGUCUGUGGUGUGAGUACUACCAGCCCCCCAAGUUUCAAGUCUCUACGACUUACAGUUUGGUCUGCAUGAUCAGUUUUACGUGGAGUUUUUCAUGACCAUUCUAACAAUUACAAUAGGGUUUUAGUGCUAUGCGCUUGAACCCCAAAUACCCAAUCAUACGUAAUAUGAAGUAAUAUGAAGAAUACAAAAUAUUUCAGGAAAAUUAAAUAUUUGCCAUAUGCAGUUCAUAUAUGUACAUUAUUCUCUGUUACAUCAUAUUGAUAUUCCUACUCACAUUUAACAUGAGUCAUUCUAUGGAAUGUGUGGUAAAUGCUUCUUCUGACAGACCUUCUUUCACAAGCUUUUGGCUGCUUUAUUUUUUACUAACCACCAAAUAGCAGUUUUCAACAUUCUGAAAGCUUUGAAUCUUUUCCCGAAACAGUCAGAAGAAAGUCUCAGUGCUUCAGGAGGCUUCCAUUUGCCCAUCACUACUGUCAACUGUUGAAUGAAUGUCAUGUUCCACUUUGAACUGGAAGACACUCACACUUUUGACACAAGGCCUCAUGGGGCGUAGGAAACUACCCCUAGUAAGGGGUAGUAAGGUGUAAUUUAAGUAAAAUUUUUUGAAAUUUUCAACAUGAAAAAAUCCAACAUUAAUAGUGAGCACACUUAUGUGUGUUAUUUCUGAUGGACACAUUUCAUAAAAUAUACAUUUUGAAUUGUAUUUUAUAAAAUAUGGCCGUCAGAAAAGUGUGCUCACCGUUGGAUUUGUUGGAUUUUAUUCUGGCUGAUCAUAGUAAGGUCCAGGAGGGUUUUUAUGAUAUUAUUGUAAUAUUAUUAAGUAUAAUAUUUUGACAGUGAAUUAUUUUCACAAUCUACUGCCCAGUACUAUAAACCUCCUCUCCACUGCACACACUCAAGAAGCCCCUAUAUCUGCAUGUGGAAUUGUACAGUUUUUUCCCUCCGACAUUGCAUAAAAUCUUAUUUUAAGUAUUAUUUAAGUAUUAAUAUUUUACAUUGUUUAAGGAUAAUAUUUGAUCUCUUUCAGGUAAUUUUUUAUUUUAAAAUGUUUUAUAAACCGUUUCUCCUAAAGACUGUUGAAACUGUUGAAAGAAUAGCUCAUUUGAUUUGGUUGCCAGUUGCCAUCAAAAUCUAAUAGCACAUAUUAAAAUUUUACCAUGGUUUCAGUAUGGUAUCACAAUCUGUAAUGACGAUGCUAUUUCGCUGGAAAUGUUUUAGAUUGAUGGUAAAUAAUAUUUUAAGAGAAAUAAGAAAAUGAAGUCCUUUUUUAUUACAGUCAUUGUAGUUUCUGUAUGUGUUUAGGUUACUGUUUUUCAUAACUACCAUAAAAGUGUUAAGAGAUCCUGUUACAUUCAUGUUUCCAUGGUAACAAAAAGCAGCAGGAAGAGAAAGAAAAAAGGAUGUGAGAUGUUAUUUUGAAGGUGAAGGGUGUGAAUUGGUUUGUUGAGAACAGAGAGUUUAUUUAGCGUAUGUUUCUCAUAUCUUGAACUCUUGAAUCAAAAUGAUAUGAUCUAGUAGGGAGAUGUCCACUGUAUCAUCCAAAGAUUUAGAUUUGCUGAAUCAUUCAGCAGUCAGAUAUUUCCAGUGACAAAACUAAUAAAAUGCCAAAAUUAAACAACGGUAAUUUGCUUAUGAAUUUGUAAACAUAAAAUAAUUAUAUUUUGUAAGGAUAAAAAUAAUCUGUUUUUAUAAAUAUGGAGCACACAUCCAGACCAGCAGGUGGAGCUGAUUAUCAACGACAUACAGCAGUAUGUACGCAGACAAAACAGACGAGAAGUCUGUUAUGGAUGGGGAAAUAAAAGGUGGAUGUACACUUCACUGACAUUUUAUUAACGCGCAAUGUCUAAACUGCAGAUUUUAAGUGUUUUUCUGACUGAGAGAUUAACUUUAGCUGCGCAAGAGAUAUUUAAGGCUGUGGAAGACAUAUUUUCAGAAUAUAAUGAGGAGAUUUGUCGCUCCAGACAGGAGAUUGAGCUGCUCAAGAGGAGACUGCAGCAGGCAGGAGUUCAGAUGGACUCUGAAACACAGUCUUGCUCCUCUGAGACUCAAGGACAGAAACACACCCAGACAUUUUCAGAGGAAUGGAGAUCUGAACAUGACUUGAAGGAUGCAGAGAUGCAUAUGAAACUAGAAGUUUAUACACAGCAGGAUGAGAAUGAUGAGCAAAUGCCUGUGUACAGUGAAUCAGCAUCUUUAUCACCAUGUAUGGACAUUUAUCAUGAUCAGACGCCCAGCAAAGACACUGAAACCCAAAUAAUGGACAGUAGUGAGAAUAACUUUCCCUUUAUUAACAAAGCACCUCGAAUUAAGACUGAACUUGAGACUAAUUCGGAAACAGAUACCACCUGUCAAGUACAGCAGCACAUCACAAAACACAGUUCGGACGAUUCAGGGACCAGUGAUGCUUCCAGUGACGUCAAAGUUAGACACAUUGGCUCCCCUAGACAUGAGACACAAACCAUUAACCUACCCCUUAGAAAUCAAGAGAUGUUGAUGCAGCAUAGGAGGGACCUGGCCAAGAUAAGAGCGAGAAAAUUGCAAUCACAGCAGGAAAGGAACAAGAAGAAUAAGAGUGAAAAUGAGGACAUUCACAAAGUAAAGAAGGUCAGACACACUGAAGAAGUGGCACAUGAUAAACAACAGCAACAAACACAAUCCAAAACAAACCUGGCUGACAUUUGUUUGGAUGACGUUCAGCAUGAAGAGGAACUGUCUGAGAGCUACCCACCACAUCAUGAUAUUCACGGAAAUCCACACGGCACAGGGGAGUAUUUGUGUGUCGUGUGUCGCAGAAGAUUUAGCUCACCAGGACUGCUGAAAAUUCAUCUGCGAGUUCACUCUGGAGAGAAGCCUUAUCACUGCAACUUUUGUGGGAAGAACUUUAGACAAUCAAGUCACCUGAACACACAUGUCAGAAUCCACACAGGAGACCUCACAUCUGUCAGAACUGUGGAAAGACGUUUAUCGACUCGAGCGCAAGAAACAGACACUUCAAAAAAUGCAUUCUUAUCUCUCUGCAAGGACAAUGAAAUCACCUGUUGUUGUCUGUAGUUCACUGAAUUGGAAAUGUCACGGUAAAUACGUUACUUGCAGGGCUGAAAUGACAGCAGCAUUUUUAAAAUGGUGUUUCAAUCGAUAAUGGAUCGCCUGAUCCAUUGUCAUUAACAACAUAACCACUGCAAGAGUGAUGCGUCAAGAACAGCUCCUCCUUCUGUCUUUAAAAAGAUUUUCCCUUUUUUAUUUCACCUGAACUCACUUACAGUGGAACAUUUUCCACAGCAGGCCUAAUUGAGGUUUUUGAAAAAAUCUGAACUGAGGUAUGGCUUACAUUUUAACCAUGUAAUGCAGUGUUCAUUUACUGAGAAAAAGCUGUUUGUGCUUCCAGAUUUUCUUUUUUACUUCUACUUAGUAUAAAAUGUUUAUUAGCUAGCUUAUUUAUAAGAAAAUGUACUAAUUUAUUUAUCACUGUUUUUUAAGCAAACAAAAUAUUGUAUUUAAUUUUUAUGCAUUUCUUUGGUCUCAUUUUUCCACUGUUAGAAUAUAAUGUAAUGGGUGAAUUUUUCUGUAAAAUCUUAAAUUACAAAUUACUGUACGUCGUCUUCUAUUUUAUUAUUAUUAUUUUUUACAGUCUUGUUUAGUUGUGAGGCUUAUCUUCAUAUAGACAGUAUUUUUUACAACUGAAAAAUAAAAACCAUGCAAAAAAAAAAAAAGUAAUUAAAAGUUUUUUUUUUUUUUUUUUUUUUUUUUUUUUUUAGAUUUAUCCAAUCCAGGGGCAGCAAUUUGUUAAAUUUAGCAUAUUAAUUACAAAAAAGGACCAACCAGAUCACAGUUCUUAAAACUUGUAAUAAACAUUUUGGUAAUACUUUACAAUAAGGUGUUAAUUGUUAACAUUAGUUGAUGUAUUAACUAACAUGAACAAUACAUUUAUUACACUACUUAUUAAUCUUUGUU